GGGUGAUUUUUAAUCUAGAUGUUUAAGUGAUCUGCAUCUGUGUCUCUUACACUUCCUUUUACCCAAAAAGAACGACAGCUGAAGAACAUCAUCAUAUCCAGACUGAAGUCACCAUGAAGGCCAUAGUGGGACUGCUGCUUCUGCUGCUCACUGUUUAUUGCGGUGCUGCUGGACCUGGAGCAUUGGAUGAGACAGCUCCUGGAGAAUGCUGUUUCCGUUUCUUUACAGGACGCAUACCAGUGAACAACAUAGUCUCUGUCACCAAGACUCACAGCGGCUGUCUGGAAAAAGCAUUUGUGGUCCAUACAGCCAGAGGGAAGCUCUUCUGCGUGGGUCACAGUGUCACCUGGGCUCAAGAUGCUUUUAACAAAGAGCAGAACAGUGACUAACAAUGCUCUUCAGCAUCCACGAUCAAGCAUAAUAACAGUCUCUGUUAUGUUAUUCUUCGCUACCAGCAUUUUUAUAAUGACUGUAUUUUACAAGACGCUUUGCAAAGCAUAAAUAAACCCAUGCGCUCUUCUUUUGCUUGCGAUCCUCUCCAAGAAUGUUUCAAUAAAAAACAAACAAGUAUCUGCA